UCGUCUUCGGGCGUGAAAACCUCAGCUGCCCAUUUGAAUCCAUAUCGAUCGACAUUGCCUGAAGGCAUGACGCCGCCUACAACCUUGACGCCUCUUCGAGCUCAUUACCUCAAAAAGACCUUGGUCAACCUCCAAAUGUCACACGAACUGGACCUCUUGACUGACCCAGCGCUCGGUGCCAAUGCCUUGGGUCUUUUGGGGGACCCCUUCAUCCUCCCGGAAUCUGCAAAGCGCGAAGCAAUGACUCGCGUCUCGGAGAUUGCUCGUCAAGAAGGCAGAGUCGGUGAUCUACCAUUCAUGAGGUUCCUGUUCCAUCAAUUCCUCUUGCCCUUUCCAUUCCUAUCCACUGCUCCUCCUACGUUCUGGUCCGCCAAGGUCCAGCCAUUCUUAUCCUCUUUCCUAUCCACCACGGGAUACACCAAGCAAACUGGCAUGUCAGCAGAAGAGCAAGCGAUGGCGGACUCACUCAUGAGUCCAGAAGAGAGGAAAGAGAUUGAAGAAAAGAACAAGCUUUGGGUCAAAUCACAGAAACAUAUGGCCCUCAUGGUCGGCGUGGGAGUCAAGAUUGUAGGCGGGGAGGAAGUGGUCCGAAUCGGUCAAUCUGAAUUGAGGCGAUUGGAAGAAGCUCAAGAAGAGAGAAGGAGAAAAAGACGGGAGAAGAUGAAUCCGCCUCCACCUCCUCCGCAGGUAUUCGACGUCAACGUCAUCGGAGUGAGGGUGGUCACCGAGAAGGGCAGGGUUAGACACAAGUCGCAUGAUGAAUUUCUUAUUCGUACUCGGGUCGGCGAGGGCAACGAGAUCAUCGUUUCGCGACGAUACGGUGAUUUCAAGCGCUUGGCCGAUGAGUUACGACUUGCGUUCCCCGAGGAUCCUCUGCCCGCACCUCCGCCAAAGGACAAAUCUGCAACUGCUACGCCUACAGCCGCGGCGCCUCAAUAUAGCUACUACAAUCCUCUCCGAGCAAUCUACGGAAGCGGCGCUCCAGCGUCAGCAAAUGCGUCUCCGCGACCAGGUUCGCCGGCCAUGAACCCCGAUGAUCCACCGAUGUCACCGGUAGGCAGUACAGGCCCACUGUCAAGAGAAAAGAAUAGAUUGACUCUCCGUGGCUAUCUCCAACGGAUUCUUGAUUAUCCUCAAGUCCUCAACUCACCCGUUCUGCGUUCUUUCCUCCUCUCUAAACCUACGACCUUGACGAGAGAAGAGGCCAUGGAUUCGCAACGACGACUUGAAGGCGAUGCGGUCCGUGAAGAGGGCAGAAGACGAUUCAGAGAAGAAGCUCAAAAGAGGAUCGAGGAUCUCAGAGAAGGAUUAGCCCAAUUCAAAGGAGAUGUCUUGAGUACCGACGGAGGUUUGCAAAAGGUCUUUGAUGUGGUGCGAAGGGUGGAGAAGGUGCAAGACCUACCUCCGGCUGAGCAGAGUGUGCUCAUUUGGGGUCGUAUAUCCCUCGCUGCGACCAUUUUCCAGGUCUUCGUCGCAGCCGACACCGCUUCAGACUCGCUUGCAACGUUGAAACGGCUACACGGAUUGAUGCCGUACUUUGUACUCAAGGGCAUCCUGCGAAUCUCCAACCCGAUGGCGAUGAUCAGGGGCGUCCUUGACUUGUUCUUGGCGAGACCGUUCGGAGGGCAGUCUUUGCUCCAGCGGAUGUUCUCCUCUUCGCUCACGGAGGAUGUUCGACUGCUCGCUGAAGAUAUCGCCGUGGUGACGGAGAAGAUUGAUGAUCCAGUCCUGUGCCAGAAGAUUCAGCAAUACGCCACGGCACCAUACGAGAUUCAAGAGAUGUUCAGGAGAGAUGCAGGAAGCGAAGGCCUUGAUCUUUUGGUUGUCAUCCUUCGAUCGCCUGAUCCGCCUAGUCUCUCUCGCCCCCAGUUUCAACGGGUUUUCAAAGCUGCCAGAGCGUAUAAAGACUACAAAGCGUCAUUGGAGGAUCUUGAGGACUCGGACGACGAUACAGGACCUGAAGAUGAUGACGCCUGGCUGUUUGAGGACUUGGGGCUGUUGCUGAAAUUGUGGAUGAGAAAGCGAGAAAAGGAGCAGCUCGUUUCGCUCAUCUUUGAGGGUGUGACUGCCGAGCUCCUCAAAGAUAUCAUCACCAUUUUCUACGCCCCAUUGGCGCAGGUCUACAAAGCAGCCAGCAUUGCGGACUCGCUCAGCGAUCUGCAAACGUUUUUGAACGACAUGAUACGAACUGUCGAGCAGGUCGAAGAACUGAGCUCUGAGGAUCCGCAGCGGACCGUGCAGACCUUUAUCGAUUUAGUCCAACGCCAUGAGCAGUCGUUCUACACCUUCGUUCAUAAUGUCCAUUCCAAAGGACAGGGCCUCUUUGACUCGCUGAUGGCCUGGAUCGAGCUUUUCCUGUCUUACGCACGCGACGGACUGCCUCACCCAGUGGACUUGGAAUUCAUCCUUCCUCACGGUGGUCCUGAGCGAGAGGCAAUCAUGUCUGAAGUGGAUGCUGUCGCCCAAUACCAUUACAAGCUCAAGUUGGCUCACGAGGAGAAGAUCAGAAGGAGGUUUGAUCAUGCCACUGCGGCGGAAUCGUCCGAAGAAGCGGCACUGCUUGGUAGUGUACUGGCGACCCUGAGUUUGAGCGAGACAGCGGUGGGCGAAGCGAAAGAGCUGGGCGAUGAAGAAAGCGAGGAGGACGACGAAGGCGACGACGAGCAUGACGAUCACAGCGUGGACAGCAAUUCUGUCCGAUCGCUCCCGUUGUCUGCACCUACCGAUCAAUCCUCGAUUCCGAACAGCGCCCCUGUACAUCCUUCUUCCCCGGGCACACAGUCGAAGCUUCCGAUCCCCGAAGAUCGCGUUCGCCGAGGAUCCAACACCUCCGGCAGAUCGUCUCUCGACAAAAUCAGAAACGCACUGCCAGGUCGAAAGGGUUCACCUGAAGUCGGCCCAGUCGACAGUAAGAAAGACAAGGACAAGCGUCCCCCACCUAUUCGAGUCGUCAGAGGCCCAAUCCCUGGCGCCCAAGGAACAGCAACGAUGCGGAAGGAGAAGAAGAAAAGGGCGAAGAUGGCAGAAGCUCUUCAACCGCCCGAGACAAAAGCCGUCAACGAGUUGCGACCCUUGUUCGUAGAAGUGCUUCGACCCCUUCUGGUGCCCAAACCUUUGGCCAAGCUGCCGCCUGGUUCCUCGAUUACCUCUGCGCCAACCUCGGCGCAUAGAUGAAAAUAUUCGGCACAAAGCCACUCGGCAUACUUGGGAUGAAGAAAAGUAGGAUAGUUUAUGUAUGCAGACGAGAAAUAUAACA